GGCUACCGGGGGCGCUGCACGCGUCGCGACGCCUGGUCUCUCCUAGUUCCGCCGCUCGCGUUCAAGUCGAAUUUCAACAUUGACCGUCGACGGACGGGCCUCGUCGCCGGGGCGAAACUCUCUCGCGUGCACGCGUCGUCGGUGACGGAAAAUGACGGGCACAGGCCCGCGCGAUUCUCCCGUGUGCUGGCGCGUCCUCGUGACACCCGUUACGUGAAGGUCCUGCGGCCAGGACACGGCUGUCCGACCUCGCCCGCGCUAGCAUGAGCAUUUCUCAGGACAGCGCUGCUACCAUCGUCUGCAGGGAGGUCUUCGACGAGACGUCGCAUCCCUCCAACGAAGAGGUGCUCGACUACGCCAGGCGGUUGGGAAUCGACCCUGAUGCGGAACCGCACCUCCUGGAUUUGGCCCGCGAGGGCCUCAUGGCGGCGCUGCCCAAGGGCUGGCUGCCGUGUUUCCACGAGACCAGCGGCUCCUGGUAUUAUUACCAGGCUUCCACCAAAACCACCACCUGGGAACAUCCCCUGGAUGCCGUCUACAAGGAGCUGGUCGAGCAGGCCAGGGCUGGCAACGCCAGACAAAUGAGCGUCGAGGAGGACUCGAAAACGACAGCCAAGGAUCUCGAGUCCCACGAGGAGGCGACUCUGCCCAAGGAAACAUCCUCGAAGGACGCGAGCAAAGCUACCAAGGCGAUUCCACCUCCCACUAGAAUUCCCACCAAGUUAACUCCCUUGAAGAAACUAGAUAAAGGCGAGGGUGCCAGGAGGAAGGACCACCAUAGCCAGGAGAGGCAACAUUUCAAGUUAGACAAUCCUCUGGCGACAGACAGAGCCGCCAGAGACUACACCAACCUCAGGUUCCAAGAUCCUCGUUUCUACGAGUGCCCGAAGCUGUUGGAAACGGUGCCACCUGUGUCAGCCACGCCGACAACCACGCCUACGACUCCAGUGGACGAGCUCGAUCUGAAAGAGGUGUUGAAGAGAUCGGAAUCCCUCAGUCCGCGUCACGAGAAAGACUGGGAACAGCUAUCCAGCAAGUUUAGCUCCGAGGAGAAUAUUAUCGACAUCGACAAGCUCAGCGUUACCACGUUAGCCAGGUCAGAGAAGUCGGAUAAGUUCGACAAGGAAAAGCAUCCCAGUCAGUUUGGCCAACAAAAAGAACUCACGCUCAGCGGCGGGGGAACUAUGUUUCUGAAGAGCAACAAGAGCAGAGACACCACUCCUAUCCAGGAGACCGGCAAACUGGAAGAUUUCAAAACCGUGGCGAUUCCUGACGAGAUCGUCAGCGUUGGCGGGGACAGGUUGAAAUCGAUCCUCAGGGAGAAACAAUCGGAAGAUGACGACAGGCCAGCGGACGAAGAGCGGAAAAGCGUUCGGUUCGACAUAGAAAAAGAAGCGGACAUCAAGUUCACCUACUCAGGGUCCGAGGAUGAGUGGGAGUCCGAAUCGGAGGAGCAAAACGUACAAAUGUCCUCGACGAUGUUGAGCAAAGUCGCUUCGAUUCUAUCCUCCCAGAGGUCGAGUUCCCAAAGCCUCGACGAUGAGAACAAAGAGGACUCUGAGAGCAAGGUCGAAGAAGACACUCGGAAGAGUUCGUCGUCGGACAAGGCAGAGCCGUCGAAAAGUAACGGCAAGGUCGUUGGAAGGCGUUUCGUCGUGCAGAACGUCUCCGAAAGCGAGCAUCGCACCCAAAUGGCCAGAGAUAGCGUGUCGAGGGAGAGCAGCUUGGACUUCGUACCGCCCAGCAAGUUCGACAAGGUGAAAAACAUCGACCUGGUUUCAAAGAGCGAGACCGACUGCAGCGUCGCCAGGAGUAGCGAUUCCGACGAGUUUCGGAGGAACAAGUCGAGGAUGGAGAAACCUAAAAAAUCGGCGAUACGUUUCUCCAAGGAGAGGCAAACGGUCGACGACGACACCUCCGACUUGUCCAGGAUCCAGCAAGAGCUGGAGCUUCUGAGGAGGCACAACUGCGAAACGACGAAUAUGAACGAAGUGAAGGCGAAGCUCAGCAAAGAGCAUCAGGAGGACAUCGAGGUGCUGAAGAGGGAGUUCGACGACAAGCUGGAGCUGACGAGGAAGGAGUUGGAGGAGAACUUCUUGGAGCAGAAGAAACUGCUGGAGGAGAACCUGAACGACAGACUGGAAGACCUGAAACGCGAAAUGGCUGAGAAGGAGGAACGAGAGAUUCAGAGGCUGAUCGCUGAAAUGGACGAGGCGAGGUUGGAGAACCUGAAGAAGGUGAAAGCCGAGCUGGAAAUCUGCUACGAGAAAGAGAGGCAGGAAAUCUUGGCGAACUUAAAAACGGAACUCGACGAGAGGAAGAGGGAGUUGCUGGAGCUGAGGAACCAGGAAAUGGGUAAAUUGGAGAACGAGCACGAGCGCGACUUGGGGGAGGAAAAGCUGGCGAAACUGAGCGAGCUGGAGCUGACCAAGCAGCACACGGAGAAGAUCGAGGCCUUGAAAAAGGAACUGGAAAAGGAGUUCGACGAACUGCGUGCCGAGCUGCGGACCCAGCAGAGGGAGAAAAUAACGAAAAUUACGGAAGAUCACGAGAAAUGUUUGGCAGAGAUUCUACGCGAUUUUAGAAUGGACGAGGGUCUCACGCGGCAGAUGUACAAGCAGCGUUUAGAGGAGAUUCGAUCUGACUUCUCGAGGGACGCGGAGAAAAAGGCGCAGAAACUGGUGGAACAAACGGUUCAGCAAGAGAGCGUGGACAUCGAGAAGAUGAGGUCCGAGAACCGACUGCUGCAGGACAAGUAUACGGCGCUGAAAGAGAAGUACAGGAAGCUGAAGGGCGAAGUUCGUCUAGUUGUCGAGAGGAGGAUCAGGAGGAAGGCGGGAUACACCACGGCCUCGGAGACCGAGAGGUCGACGUCCACGAGGACGAGAACCGACAGGACCGAGUCAUCGGAACAAAACACCCCGGUGAGGAACACGCGCUCGAGCUCAGUGACGACGAACGCCAAGGGGCACGAGGCUCAGUCUGGGAGCGAGCAACCGGAGAGCCAUCGCGAGCUAGAGGACUCGAACCCUCCGAAGGUCAGCUCGGAGUUUCAGAAGACCGCCGUCGCGGCUGUCGCGAAGACCGCAGCUCGAUUCGAGUCCGACGACACGACAACCGCCAGCGAGACGAACGCCAACAUGAUGAAGAAGAAGAAGAAUUUCAGCAAAAAGACCACCAGCGCUGCUCGGGCCAGCGCCAGCUCGAAUGCUGGGAACAAUAACAACAACAACCCUGAGAACCCGGUCGAGAACAUCAGGAAGCAGCUGAAGAAGCUGGAAGAUCUCGGUGACCAGUUGCCCAGCAACGAAACGGCCUACACAUUGCGUUAUCCUUUCCAAGACAAAGCACCGGCGAACGCCUCAUCGGAGCUGGAGUUCUUCCGGCACCGAAUUCACGUCGAGAGGGAUUCCGUGAGAAGGGCUCAGGAGGCGCUCAGACACCAGGAGAACGCUUUUCAGGGGCGACAGAGGGCUUGGAAGCAACGUAGCGCCAGGGCAACCCUCGAGCAAUUGGUUCAGGAGGAACGCGAACUGUCAGACAUGGAGGUGAGUUUGCACCGCACUAGGAGUCUUCUAGGUGAGAAAGUGAUCCACCUGAGACACCUGGAGCAGACUCUAGAGAGAGUGGCCAGCGCCAAAAGGAACGAGAACGACGCGACUUGUACAAAGAACGAUGAAAUGACGCUGAGCGACCUGUCCAGCGCCAGCAGCGGUUUCAGCUCCACCGAUCUGGGAACGGAUACGUUCAUAGACAAACCGGAUCACUACCAGGAGUCGACGGAAAUCAUCGCAAGCCUGGAAAAUCUAAACUCGGAAAUACGUGAAAUUUGGGGCGUACUGAAUAAACGGCAGGACAAUAACGUGCCGCCUCCGCCGACUUUGAUGUACUCCUAUCUGCGAUGGCUACGUUUACACCAUCUAUCUGCGCAGCCGCACAACGUGCAAGGGACAUUUGGUACUCCGAAUAUCCAGUCGAACAUCCUGUCCCAGUUGACAGCCGCGCAACCACCGACGACCACCACGCAGAACAUCAUCGCCCAGUACGGACCCAAUAGUGGUUUCACGACCAGCGUUGGAACCGUCGAAAAGACCUCCUCGAAUCUGAUGGAGAGAACGUGGAAUCUUAGAGACUGGCUGCGACAGGCUCGCGUCGAGAACACCGACCUGAUCAAUCCAGGCCAAGCGACCCUCUGAAGAGCAAUCCGUUGUCUAUCGAAAAAUUCGUUUCCAAAUAUCAUUCAACCAAACGAUCCUUCCUCAACUGGUAUCGCAUCGUUGAAGACUCUGCUUGCGAAGAAAUCUGACGACUCGUUCCAUUAACGAUUCGAAGCAAUGCGUUUUGUAUGAGACUAGUAGAAUAUUCGUCAUGUUUUCAUUCUGUAGAUUUGUAGUUACACGUUAGCUCGUUACUUUAUUAGUUUUCCUAGGAUCGAUUGAUCGCAUUAGAAGUCAGAGACGAGCAAAGUUCGACUCGGAUGAUCGAUAAAUGAAAUGAAAAGUGAUUUAUCGAUAGAGUUCAUUGGAUUCUAUCAUCAAUUUUGCUCGUUUCUGUAAGAAGUAUCAUUUGGAAGCGAGUUUUCCGACGUUCGUCGUUAGAAUAAGUCUGGAAGCGCGCACCCGCUCCCAAAGAGUCCGCUGCGCCGGUCUCAAACUUCGUCUCCGUUUGUUCCUAACGAGUUCAGUUCGUCUCUUUGCUGAAUCAUCAACCAAGACUGCAACGCGCGCAGAGUCGACGUCUCGUUACCCGGUUUACGAACAAGUAUGGGCGUCGAGGCGCGACGACUGCGACGCGCACAGGCGUUCCUUGAAUCUUUCACUGGAAGAGCAACCUCCUCGACGAUGAAACGUUCGGCCGUUCCACGCCUAAUCGAAACUCAGAAUUCUUACCAAAUACAGAGAGAUUUUAAGUCAUGACUUUAGGAUUUAUUCACAAAAUAGAUGUUCGCGAACCUUGUCGUUUUAUACUUUUUAAACAAAUUGGAAACUUGCAAUGGAAACGAUUAUCCCGAAUAGGGUGAUCUAUUCGACAUGGAACGAAUCCAGGGGCGUUUCUCGUGAUUAACUUCGCCCUCGAAUUUCCAGAGUUGUACCGGACAGCAACUCCUCGUUUUGUGAUUUCGUAGUUAACCUAACUGGUUGACGUCGAGAAGUACGAGGCUUAAGGAAAAUGGCAAAGUAUGUAAAUUGACGAGGGAACGCGUAUUCCGCGCGAAAACGCAAGGAACUUUCGGGCGCGACAGAGUUCUCCUGUAAAUAACGAAUUUUCUCGAUGUCCGUAAGCGGCUCGGUACGGUUCGCUGAUUCCUUUCCCCGACAGUCUGUUGAUCCUUUAUAUAUAUUUUCGAGAUCGAUUUUUCCGCGAGUGUAACGAGAAUGUAAUUGUACGUAUCUCUAUAUUCUAUACACUUACCGAUAAUAUACAUUUACCAGAUACUCGGAGUCAUUUCGCGUGAAGGUGAAUCACGUUUGAGGCAGGGGAUCUACGACGUAAACCGAUAGCGCGAUCUUCGAGGUUCGAGAAGUGGACGACACGCAUUUCUCACGACUUGACAGAACGCAUGUGAUAAUCCGAAUCAAACUUAUUAAAUAGAGUGUCUUAGCUUUUGUAUACUCAUCGUCGCGAGCCAUUGAACGCGUUUUACAAUCGCAUAGAACGAUGGAGGUAACGGGAUGAUUUCUCGGCCACUUGAUCGGGACUCGAAGCUCCUGCGCGCGUGCGAUGCUCUACCAGAGAUGGGGAAAAUUUCGUUCGACGACAGACAACGAAUGAAACCAGAGUACAGGGAUUUACUCGCGACGUGCAUUGAUGGAAGAAAGUAUAAUAAUAUCAAAAUACUUCGAAUACGAAUAGAAACCUUGAUCAGGAUGUGACUUUUCCCCAUCUCUGGAUCACCACGAUAUGAUGUCUCUCGAAUGCCAAAAUUUCAUAAUUAUCGACAUUCUUAAUCGUAUUACGCGUACUACGAUAUUUACAGGGAAAGUAGACAGGCGGUGUAUGCCAAACGCUUCUGGUUCGAUCGAUAUUCCCCAGAGGCGACUAAUUAAUCCACCGUACCAAUUCCAGACGAUUUUAGAGGUUCAAUCGAUCUUCGACCCCGGUGCAUUUAGCUCGCAAUAAUCCUGAUCUCACUAGAUGUAUAGUAUAGGGCGGUCAGGGACUCCAUCCCUUGUGACUCGCGCAUAAUUAACUGAAUUUUUGACGGGUAACUAUACCCUAGAAGUUCCCCCGAAGCAACUUUUGCGAUGUACCUUGUUUCCACGUAGUUGUUAAGUAAACGGUUCCUUCUUUCUUGUUACUGUCCUCUUUGAUACUUCAUUCGACUACGUUCCGUUUAGCGAUCAUCCUGACGUUGAUCGAUGUUCGGACAGGACGAUAAUCGUACCGUUAAAAAGUAAUAUGUAUCAAUAGAGUCGUUGGGUCGAUAUUUGGAAUCGUAGAGUCUCUCCCCGAGACGUUCGAGCUCGCGAACGUCCUCGACAAUCCCUACGAAGGUUCCAGAGCGUAGAGAUUUUAUAUUAGUACCGUCCUUUGCGAAUCGUACAAGUAUCUUCCUCGUGAACGAUUGUACCGCCAACGCUUGUCGUUCGACGUAUCGACGUAUCACGAUCGAGGCUGAGCAGAAUUUUAUUCGAUUGAUAUAUCGACGAAUGCAAUCGAACGUAGCGCAUUUAAUUGAAGUGUUAAUUAAAUAAGUUUUUAUUCGUUCCAAUUUUUAUGGAAGCAGUAACGCGUAAGAUGUCGUUUACCUUUCUCUUGUUAUCAGAGUUUUUAUCUAGCUAAGAAUAUUGCCCAUUUCCGAUUAGGGUGUUACGUUCGACAUUCCCUCCGUUUGUUUCGUCGACUGUUCGAAUGGUGCUUCGCGCAUAGUGCAAUAGCGAGAAUCCAUUUUACGACUCGAUUGCGUUGUUUUGUUACGUCACUUGAUAUCAAGUUCCUCGCACAACGAGUUUCGCGGAACACGAUGGCGAAGAUGGGUGACACAUUGUUUGUGAGGUUUGUCUGACAAGGAGCGAAAUAAUUUUAUUCGAAAAACUCGUGCAGCCAUCCUGGCGAUGGCGGAAGCGUGAAGCGUACGGCCAAACUUCAUUCGGCGGAAUUUAUUUAAAUGAACGAUACAUACUUUGAGAGGAUUUGCAUCGCGAUUCACUCUGCUUUUUCUUUUUUCGUUCGUCGACGCGUACGCGCACUAUACGGGAGGUAUUACGACAUUCGAGAUUCAGUAAAUUAAUUUUUGGAGUAUGUACCUUGUAUAUUCUGUAAUAUAUGUAGUAUAUAUUUGUAUGGAUGCAAAUAUAUAUAUGCUAUACAAACGA